AAGUUGGUUUCUGUCUUUCAACUUCUGAGCUUCUUUCUUUCUUUCUUUCAGUCGUUCAACAAUGGCUACAACUGAGGUUUCCCCAAUGGAUCAAAAUCCCACACCUCCGAAACAGCCAUCAUUUCAACAACACUACCCUCCUGAUUUUCCAAGAAAGGUGUUUGCAGAGACGAUAGCAACCUACUUGCUGGUUUUUGUCACAUGUGGAUCAGCUGCCAUUUGUUCGGUUGAUGAACACAAAAUCUCAAGGUUAGGAGCUUCAGUUGCAGGUGGACUUAUUGUGACUGUAAUGAUCUAUGCAGUUGGUCAUGUUUCUGGUGCACAUAUGAACCCUGCUGUUACCCUCGCUUUUGCAGCUGUCAGACAUUUUCCAUGGAAACAGGUCCCAUUUUAUGGUGCAGCUCAACUAACAGGAGCAAUCUCUGCAUCAUUCACACUCCGUGUAUUAUUGCAUCCAAUAAAACAUGCCGGCACCACAUCACCAUCAGGCUCAGAUUUGCAAGCUCUAAUCAUGGAAAUAGUUGUUACCUUUUCAAUGAUGUUUAUCACCUCAGCUGUGGCCACUGAUACUAAAGCUAUAGGAGAGCUAGCAGGCAUAGCUGUUGGGUCUGCUGUUUGCAUAACUUCAAUCUUGGCUGGACCAAUAUCAGGUGGAUCAAUGAACCCAGCAAGGAGCAUAGGGCCAGCAAUAGCCAGUGGUGAGUACAAGGGAAUAUGGGUGUACGUGGUAGGACCAGUAACGGGGACAUUGAUGGGGGCGUGGUCUUACAAUCUCAUCCGGAUGACAGACAAGCCUCACCAUGCAAUCUCUCCACGUUCCUCCUCCUUCAAACUUCGGCGAAUGAAUAACCAAGAUGGAGAGGUAUAAGGCAAACUUGAGUGUAUUCAGUAUUGAUUCAUAUCCAUUCAUCCUCAAGAGCCAAUAAUAUUCCUCACUACCCUUUUUUUCAUUUUACCCUCAAACUUAGAUCAUAUAUAAACUUUGUAAAUUUGUUAUCAUAUGAAUAAUGUAAAAUAAUAAUAAUUUUAGUCUUUCAUUUA